AUACCGAUUGGUUGUUGGACCAGAAACAGCUGUGCAGACCGUGCGGUGCACAGGGGCUGUGGACCCGGGUACAGCCCAGGCGGCUGGCAGUGACUUACACCGGGGAUCCUGGGGGAGAGAGGAAGAAGCCGAGGCCACGGGCACUGCGCUUUCCAGGCGGCGUGAACCAAGGCCUCCGCGUUUGCCGCGGUCGGAGGAGCUCGCGCUGGCGCCCCCUCCCUCUGGCUCUGGCUUACUUCGGGGUUGGCGCAGGUGGGCAAGGCAGGGCACCGCAGCUCUUCUGUUCCCACGAAGCCUCGCUCUCCCUGCGAGCGGGAGGGACCAUCCUGAAAAUAUGUAAAUAUCCUAGCGCUGUCUUAGGCUGGGGCACCAGCCAAGGUCCCCGCGCCGCCGCAGGGUGUUUUACAUGAAAAUGAGAAGCCUGACAGGAUCUGUGCUUAACUCGGGGCAGCUUGGUGAUUAGCAUGAGACUGGGCGGCUGUCCUGCUUCCUGCCCUUCAAUAACCGCUCUGCGUGCUCGCUUCUGAGCCGCGGUGCCAACGCGCGGGGUCGAUCGGCGGGCUCGGCAUCCUUGGCAGCCAUGGCUCCCGUCGCCGCCUGGGCCAGUAAGUAGGAGCAUGCCUGUGGAGGGGGGCACAUGCGUGUCGCCGCGCACACCCACCCACCCACUCACCCACACCCACACGCGCGCACACCACCCCGAGCCUCGGAAGGAGGAAGAUUGACGAGGCGCCGCAGUCGCCGGGACAACUGGGCUCUUCCUGGAUUCCGCAGGAGCCCGCCUGCCUUGCCGCAGCUGCUGUCUGCAGAGCCUGCCGCGAUCCCCGUGCUCACGCGCCCCCCGUUCGAGCCACGGUAAUGAAGACUGCCUCCCAAAGACUGCAGGGGAGGCAGAGCCAGCCUACGCCGGGGACUGCGGGCCGCACGGCGGAUAGGCCCGGGGGGACACGACUCGGACACUGUCAUCCCCACGCCUCGCGCUGAGUCGCCGGGUGCGGCGGGGCUUCCCGGGAGCCCGCGCCCGGGUCAGCCUCGGAGGCCUGGGCUUCCUCGUUUGUUUGGGUCUUUUGUGCCGUGGCUCACAGUUGGCUAAGCACUCCUGCGCUGAAUCGGGCCAUUGUCUGCGCUCCCAUUGCUUUCACGCUGCAAGUCUCGGCGCCCCCACCCCGCCCGCCCCCUCCCCGCCUCCUCCUGGCCAGGGAGCCUCCUAACGUGCCUUUCCCCCCAGGAAUCUGGAAGCUAUAAGCCGGGCGGAUUGCAAAUGAAGUGUAAUGCAUUGUGGGACGUGUGUAAAAUCGGAGCCUUCGCCGUGGGGGUGUGGGGGGGUGUGGGGAGGGCCGGACCCGCCGCUGGCGGUGUAGACGCCGACGAGGAGGGGCUGGGAAAAUGUGCGCAGAGUCCGCCCGGGUCGUGCCCGCCUUAGACGGAUGAAGCAGCGCGCUGCGCCCCGGCGCUGAGGCCCCGAGGAUCGGGGCAGCAGGUCGCCCUCCCCACCAUGAAGAAGACCCGGAGCACAACAUUGCGGCGAGCCUGGCCUAGCUCGGAUUUCUCGGACCGGGCCUCGGACCGCAUGAGGUCCCGCAGCGAGAAGGACUACCGCCUGCACAAGCGCUUCCCCGCGGCCUUCGCGCCCCAGGCUUCGCGGGGCUACAUGACAUCAGGUGAUGUAUCACCAAUCAGUAUGUCUCCCAUCAGUCAAUCUCAGUUUAUUCCACUCGGGGAAAUCCUCUUGGCGAUAUCGGCAAUGAACUCGGCAAGAAAACCUGUCACCCAAGAAGCACUGAUGGAACACCUGACAACGUGUUUCCCAGGUGUUCCAACCCCAAGCCAAGAAAUCCUGCGGCACACGCUGAACACGCUGGUACGGGAGAGGAAGAUCUAUCCCACUCCGGAUGGCUAUUUCAUUGUGACCCCACAGACUUACUUCAUAACUCCUUCCCUCAUAAGAACUAACAGUAAAUGGUACCAUUUGGAUGAGAGGAUACCUGACAGGUCUCAGUGUACCUCUCCACAACCUGGAACCAUAACGCCCUCUGCCUCAGGCUGUGUCAGGGAAAGGACAUUGCCCAGAAACCACUGCGACUCUUGCCACUGCUGCCGGGAAGACAUGCACAGCAUGCAUGCGUCAACUCUGCAGAGGAAAUCUGCCAAGGACUGCAAGGACCCUUACUGCCCUCCUUCUCUGUGCCAGGUGCCACCCACUGAAAAGAGCAAAAGUACUGUAAAUUUUUCUUAUAAGACAGAAACUCUCUCGAAACCUAAAGAUAGUGAAAAGCAGUCAAAAAAAUUUGGGCUCAAGUUAUUCCGGCUAAGUUUUAAGAAAGACAAGACCAAACAGCUGGCCAAUUUUUCUGCCCAGUUUCCUCCAGAAGAGUGGCCCCUGCGAGACGAAGACACGCCAACUACCAUCCCUCGGGAGGUGGAGAUGGAAAUCAUUCGGCGGAUUAACCCGGACUUGACCGUGGAAAAUGUCAUGAGGCACACUGCACUAAUGAAGAAACUUGAAGAAGAGAAAGCUCAUCGGAGUAAAGCAGGAUCCUCUGCCCACCACAGUGGAAGAAGUAAAAAGAGCAGGACUCAUCGAAAGUCCCACGGGAAGUCUCGGUCACACAGCAAGACGCGGGUGUCUAAAGGAGACCCUUCAGACGGCUCGCAUCUGGACAUUCCUGGUGAAAGAGAGUAUGACUUUUGUGACCCUCUGACCAGGGCACCCAGGGAGGGCUGCUUCAUCAUCGAACAUAAAGGUGACAACUUCAUCAUGCACAGUAACACGAACGUGAUUGAGUCCCAUUUCCCCAUGACACCAGAAUGGGAUGUGUCUGGUGAAUUGGCCAAAAGAAGAACUGAGAUGCCUUUUCCUGAACCUUCCAGGGGAAGCUCCCACUCAAAAGUGCACCGAAGCCACAGCCAUACCCAGGACCGAAGGUCCAGGAAUGAGAGACCCAGCAAAGCCAAGGAGAGGUCCAGAUCCAUGGACAACUCCAAAGGCCCCCUGGGUGCUUCUUCUCUCGGCACACCUGAAGACCUGGCUGAAGGCUGUAGUCAGGACGACCAGACCCCCAGCCAGUCCUACAUCGAUGAUAGUACUUUAAGGCCUGCUCAGGCUGUUGGUCAUCAAAGGGCUCACCUCUCAUCCACAAGCUAUAAAGAGGUAUGUAUCCCAGAAAUAGUUGGUGGCAGCAAGGAACCUUCCAGUGCUUGUAGCCUUUUGGAGCCAGGCAAACCACCUGAGAGUUUGCCAUCCUAUGGGGAACUCAACUCCUGUCCAACCAAAACAACUGCAGAUGACUAUUUCCAGUGCAACACCUCUAGUGAGACAGUACUCACCGCACCGUCACCUCUGGGGAAGAGUAAGGAGGACCAUGACACGCUGACCCUGGCGGAAGGGGUGAAAAAGCUGUCUCCAUCUGAUAGGCAGGCCCCGCAUUCCUCCAGGGAGCCUGUCAGCCACAAGGAGGAGUCACCGAAAGGGUCAGGCGCAGGCCCUGCUGCUUCGGGUGGAGUGGCUGAAGGCAUUGCCAACGGACGCCUGGUCCAGCACCACGGUGCGGAACCCAGCAGCCUGGACAAGAGGAAAGAGAUAUUCAGCAAAGACACACUGUUCAAACCUCUUCACAGCACCUUGUCUGUAAACAGCUAUCACAAAUCAAGCCUGUCCCUCCUCAAAUCUCACCCGAAGACACCUGCUGACACUUUGCCAGGCCGAUGCGAGAAACUGGAACCGACCCUGGGGACCUCGGCAGCACAAGCCAUGCCAGCUUCCCAGCGUCAGCAGGAGUCUGGAGGGAACCAGGAAGCCUCUUUUGACUAUUACAACGUCUCCGAUGACGACGACUCUGAGGAAGGAGCAAACAAAAACGCUGAGGAGGAGAAAAAUAGAGAUGACGUAGGCACCAUGCAGUGGCUUCUUGAGAGGGAGAAGGAAAGAGACUUGCAGAGGAAAUUUGAGAAGAACCUCACCCUCCUCACCCCAAAAGAAACCGACAGCAGCAGCAACCAGAGAGCCACCCAUUCAGCCCGGCUCGACAGCAUGGACAGCAGCAGCAUCACCGUGGACAGUGGAUUCAACUCCCCACGUACUCGGGAGAGCCUGGCUUCCAACACAUCAAGCAUUGUUGAGAGUAACCGUCGUCAGAACCCCGCUUUGAGUCCAGCCCACGGUGUCGCUGGUUCAGCCUUCAACUUCCGUGCGAGUACAGAUCCCCCGACCAACGAAGCUGAGAAAUUACAGAAACCUUCCAACUGCUUGCAAGCUUCUGUUACUAGUGUGUGAUAGUCCUUCUGCCUCAGAUCUUCUGUCUCAUUCAGUACAGCAAAGUUUACGACACUGGGACUGAUGUUUACAUCUUUGGAAAGACAAGCAUCUCAAGCACAGUUUUUGUGUUUACUUAAACUGUGCAGCUAAGUAGGCUAGGGCAAAAAAACAAAAAUCUUUAUUUCAGAGUAUUGCUUUUCACAUUUAUGGCUCUGUAGCAACUGAAUAGCAGUAGGGGUGAUAUGUAUACUUUGGCUUCACUAAUUGUAUCUGAGCACACAUAGGAAAGUCUAGACACUGUAAGUGGAAUAUGCGUUUUCAAUGUCAUGCAGUUGCCAAUUCCAUUUUAAAAUGCCACAGAUGUGUGUUGCUCCCAGUCUGUGGUUCAGUGGGGCCACAGAACUGAUCCUUGAUACUUCCAAAACAAACAAACUAACAAAAACCCAUGCCACCACAAAAAUGUCAAAUGCAAGGGUCCACCUUAAGGGAAAUCAAUGCCAAACUGACCAGAGGGACCCCAGCCCUUUGCGUGUGAACCGUUUAUGCACCUGUCAUUUUUCACUGUGAGUUUCGUGGUACUGUUUUGCAGGAGUCGAUGGAAGUAUGUCAGAAGGGGUGGCGAUGGAAAUACUGGGAGUGUCUGUUUUCAGGAUUUUAUUUUCAAGUGUGACAGAUGCUUGUCUUGAUUUUAAACCUUCCAUGAUCACAAACAGGAAUAUAGGCCUUUGAAUCAGAAGUGGAUAAAGGAAGGGAAUCCCCAAUCUGGCUGGGGCACAGCACUAAGUGAGGGAAGAGGUGAUGUGGACUUUUUUAAAGGUAUUAAUCAAAUAUUGAAGGAAGAUAAUUUCCUCCUUGUGAUACUUAUGAUGAUCCUAUCUUACUAUAAUAGAUACAAUAAUUAGUUUGUUUAAAAGCAAAAUGUUCUUUGUGAUACAAAUGGAGAGUAUGGCCUGGGGAUGUUAUUCUUUCUAAUGGAAGGACAUAAAUCUAUUUUAUGUAGUUUUAAAUAGAAUGCCUAAAUUAGGCUGUGGGAGAUAAUUUUUAGUGGUUAUAGGAAAGAGCAAAUUUAGGGAGAGUUGAACUUCAGGCCUUUUAUUCCUGGGAAGAUAUCUAUAGAGAAAACUUUUAAAGUAAUUUUUGAUUAGAAAUAUACAUGCCCAUGUAAUAAGCCACAGAAUGAGCUCAUUCUGCUAGUGUGGUAUAAUCAUAAUUUGUACUCCCCUAAAGUUUAUCAGAAUAACAAUUAUGCAUAAUGAACUAUGCCAGAGUAAUGUUUACAGAUACUUUGUAACCAAUUUCAGGAGGUGUUUUUAGGCAGAUGUAUAGUCAUUAGCCCAGCUUAUUUCAAAAUGAUUUGUUAACAUUUUGCUUCGGUUUACAAUGUCAUGUCGAACACAAAGAGGGCUCAGCAGCAAAGGAUUACAAAUAAUUAAGCGUCAGUCUUAUAGGAAAGAGACAUUUCAAAGUUUCUGAGCUUUACUUUCUGAGAACGAUGGAAUACAUCUAUAGAUAAUGGAAAACUAUUUGCAAAAGGGUUUCAUCUGACCCAAGUAAAUGGUCUGACAUAAAGUUAUAUUUGUAUGUCUAGUGGCAUGUGCUAUUUGGAGCCAAACACCAUUUUUUAAAAAAGUUUUAUAUAUAUAUAUUUUUUUCAACUUAGAUUUAAAUAAUUGGCAUAAAAUUUGUGAGACACUUCUGUUCCCAGCUUAGAUUUAAUCACUAGCAAUCAGUUUAAGGAAUACAGUGAGAUACAUAGUCGGACUCAUUGUUGAAACAUGAAUACUCGCUCAUGCUUUAUCAGCUAUUUGAAAGUUGCAUUGGGUCAAACUGGACUCCUCAAGUUUGGCAUAAUUCCCUUUUAGUGCUUAUUAUGGUGAAACUUAAGCACAUUUCUUAGUGAACUGCCACCCUAUUGAAAUGCUUAAGCCAGUUGACUUUUAAUCUCAUGUCUUAUUUCCUCCAAGGCAUGCCUCAACUGCUCAGAAAUGCACCGUCUGUCUCAUUGCUUAAAUAUGUCCAGAAGGAAUGACAAUGAAUCUAGUAGACUACAUAAUCUGUUUCUUUGGGGAGUUGUAUACCAUACAGUUACUAAAUUUUUCUGUCUAAAUUUAUUUUUUCCAAAAACCUGCUCACAAAUUUUUGUCAUCCUCAAUUCAUAAAUAACAUAACCAUUGUAACAGUACAUUGGCCUCUGAUUGACCCUCUGAAAGUAGCCAUUGGAAUAAUCAAAUGCUAGUGUGAGCAGGAAAAGAAAUCAUUAACCUUUAAGAGAAGCUUUAAAAUAUGAACUUAUCGAUAUUUCACAAGAAAUAGGUUUACAAGAAACGUUAUUCAAAUAAAACGUGUUCACCAUUUGCCUGACACCCUGGGGUACAUGAUUUUUUAAAAGAAAACUUCCUUAGACCAGUAGCCAUUUAGCAUAGAAACAAUGGACAGUGAAGGUGAUAUACCAUGUAAGCAGACGUUCCGUGUAGAAAUACUCUCCUGAAUUUAAUCUGGAUUCUUGAUUGGAGGAGAGGUGGUAGCGGGAAGCGCAUGACAUACGUGGCAUGUGACAUGUGACAACUGUGCAUGUCCAGGUUGAUCUCACCCAGAUGGUGAGGUUCUCCAUGCCCAAGCCCUCGGGCCCUCUCCAAGCUUUGCAUACUUUUCCUCCAGUGAUACCAGAGCUUCGUGUCACACAACUGCUUCUCUAGUCUUAGAGUUUAUCAACUGAAAGGUUUACAAAACUGAAUCUGGUUGAAUCUCUGUGAGGCGUUCAACUUUAAAGGGUCAACACAUCUGUCGGCAUUUUGCACACUUAUGUAUUAUUAUGAUACAGCAUAUUACUUUAUGGUAAUUUUUAUUUUUACAUAUAACUACCUCCAUGAAUUUGAUGAAAUGGCAGCAGUGUGUUAAAGUGUAUUGUUUAGAAAAGCAACAUUUAAAACUUUCUUAAACAUGAGGCCAUGCGUUGUGUGUGUGUCGGUGAUUGCCUCUGGGGACUCAUGACUAUCCCAUUGCCAUGGUUUUCUUUCACAGCAUCCUUUGGCUUUCAGAUGGAAUUCUGUCUUCUCCUCUCUUCCCCAUGAAAGCACACUUGAUUUUGUCACAAAGGAACGGAAGUUUAAAGAUUCUUGCCUUUCCCCCACUCUCCAUUCCUGCUAAAAGUUCUCUCUGGCCAAGAGCCAAUUGGUAAACAUAAUUUGGCAAGCUAUUCACUCCUAUGGAAAUCUGAUUUGAUGGCUAGGUUUUCAGUAACACAAGGCACACAAGAAAUUAGAACUGCCAGCUCUGAAGCACUUUGGGCCUCUCCGCCUUUAUCGUAUGCCACCCUUUUGAGCCCCAACUUCAUCUUCAUUAAAGGAGCUCUGCCACGUGUUCCAUAACUUCUGUUAGAUAAUUUGUAUUCCAUUUGAUAUAAUUUUGCACAUCUCAGGGGACCUUAAUGAGCAUAUGAAAAGGGUGUGCAUCCAAUAGCGAAAACAAAUAGAAGAGCUAAAAAGGGACUAACUGGGUAAAAGUAGCACAUGAAUGCCUCUCUGUGUUGGGGAGCUCAAGUUCAGGAAACCUAAAUUGAAAGAAUCUGCAGUAACAUUGAUCAGAACACCAGCUGUUCCCAAGUCUCUAUUUUUCGUAACCCAACCAGCAUUUCUAAAAUGUAAACUUAAAUUUUAUUGCAGUCACCAUCAGAAGAAACCUGUUUUGUGGAAACAGAAGCUUCGUUCCCCUUUCUGUUUGGCACAGCUUGGUAAAAUUCUACCCAGGAUAAACCACUGAUCACCACAAAGUGUACUUGAAAAUAAAGUUUUUAACUUAAAUGUAGGCAUAUUUCUCACAAUACAAUAGGGAUCAUUUUGGGAAAAGUCUCACUGUUUGUAACAUGGGUAGGAUUCGGAGCUUCAUUUAAAACCCAACAACCAAUGAUGAUGUUGCUCAGUUCAUUUUGGGAUCUCAAAGUGCUUCCAAAGCAUUAGUUAACAGUUAAUAAGGCAGGUCAUAUUUGUAAUACCCAUACUUGGGAUGACUUAGAUUACCCAGAAACACAGUGGCAGCUAUCAAUGACCUAUUUUCUAUCUGUUUGAUAGACCAUCAUGAGAAAUCACUAAAUACAAUGCUCUUUUUCUGAUGUGUGCUAAUAAAGUUUAAAAAAAAAAAAAGUACAAUCUUACACCUUGGUCUAUUUUAAUUCAAAAAAGUUCAGGGUGUUUGGAAUCUUGCACCUCAGCACACAUUUCCGGUAUUGAAUGAUCAAGUGGGAGAGUAGCAGAUUCACCCAGAUGCCCUUGCAGUCCAAGGCCGAUCCAGACGUCCACCCCUGUUUACAGUGUCAUACUGGGUUUCUAUAAUUCCCGUGCUAAAAUACCAUCUUCAGGAACAAGACUGCUUCAGGCAGUGGAAGGUGCUGAAACAAACUUCAAUUAAAAACUUUAUCAAGUAACUCUUCACAGUGCUCCAUGGCACAAUAGAAUUUCAGUACACCACAUAUCGAGUCCUACUUUGUAGGAUCUGACCCAGUUCUAAGUGUUUUCACAAAUUAGGAGACAGAAAACCCUUUACAGGAAUCUUCUCCAUUACCAUAGGCCUGUCCCCAAACCAACUAGCAGUGCUGUCAGAUCACAGUGGACCCCAGCAAGUGAUUGCUUCUCCUCCUUCUUCCUUCCACCUUCCCCCAGAACAGUCCUGCCCAUUGCCAAAGCCAUCCAGUACUCUCCUAUUAGUGAGAGACUCUUCUGUACAUGUUUAGGGCUCCGGGAAGCUGGAAUACAGGAAAAAAUGAAUGUGAAACCUGGGAGACAUUGUUUUGCUUUGGGUUAGUAAAAUAUGAGCAGGAAAGAGAUUACUAUCAGACUGAGCUUUGCCAAGAAAGAGAAAGAAUCAGCUGUCACCCCAGCCUUCUUGCAGAGGUUUUAGGGUAUUAAGGUUACAUCCAAUAUUUUCCUACAGAUUUUUAUUUAGGAGACAUUUCAUAAAUUAUAUGUAUAUGAAAAAAUGAUUAUUAAAUUCCCUCAUGUGUUUGAAACAGGCAUUGGCAUCUCUCUGAUUGAGUUAAUGUCUGCAUGUUUUGCAGCAGCAUCCAGAGAGACAUUCCCCAGUGAUCACUCUUAACACAUAAUCCUGUGUUUUUACAGUUGUUCUAUGACUUAACAAUUGAUGAUUUGUAAGAUUCAGAAUUCUACAAAGCUUAAGGGGGGCUGAACCUUCUUCUUAUGAUUGUAUAUUAUCAGUUCUCGGGCUUUAAUUGCUACUUAUUGGCUCUGCGUGUGAAUAUGCACACACACACACACACACACACACACACACACACACAAUGCCAACAAGGGAAUAGGGUGUUUCCAAGUAGGCAGCGAUGACUCUGGAGAUGGAAACGCAUGGUUAGAAUGUAAGGUUAGAAGCUGGACAGGGCCAUGUGCACUUGCCUAUCUUCCUGUGCAAAGGCUGACCUUGGGAUCCCCCAUUUCCUCCUCCCACCAAAAAGAGGUACCAAGUCUGAGACCUGAGAUCUCCUCCAAUACCAAUCCUCCACAGUUCCGGGAAGUCAAUCUUGCAGUAUUCACUCAGCAACCCCUCCCCUUCCUUCCCUCGAGAGUCUCCCUCCCUGCCUCCUUCCCAUCCCCCCACCUAGGCACUGACACCGCCACGGUUUCCACAUUGGAAGGGCAGAAUACUGUGCAGUAUUGUGCACACAUGCUGGUUAGAAAUAGAGCUGCCCUAGGGUCACCUUUAUGUAAGUAUUGACAGCUACAAAUUAAAGUCCUUAGAGCAGUUGACAGAGAUACUACUUUCUGGAAGAGAAUUAAAUUUGAACAUCAAGUUUAAAGGGAUCAUAAUUCUGCAGGUAUCUUUCUCUGAGUGACUGAAUGUGACUAUUGCAUUAGGGUAAAUGAAUUAAGAAGUGCAAGUGGGAUUUACUGUAUGUUAGAAAGGAGUUUUGCAGCCAAGACUGCCUUGAAUAAAAUGUGUUUGCACUGAAAAAAAAAAAUUUAAAUUACUUGGUCUCUGGUUGCUGUAAAGGUCAUCCAAGAUGGAUGUUCUGUUUAUAUUGUAUAGUAUUUCAUAUGAAAUAAUUACAGUUCAUGAAAUGUCUUCCCUAAUGUUACUGAUUUAUAACAGCACAUUUGUAACAUGGUUUUUAUUGUGUCAGUGUACCAUAUUGUAAAUGAUGAUUACUUGUCAUGCUUAGUAUAAUAACUUAAAAGAAAAAAAGGACAGGGAUUUUUGUAAGUCUAUAUUUGAAAGUCCCUCCAUAUGGUAAUAUUGUGUUCAUGUUGUUUAUGUAGUGUUGUGUGAAAUAUCCAUUUUGGAUUGUGUUACUUUUUAAGAUAUUAAAUAACAUUUGGUUAUAUGUC